UUUUUGUGAUCGAUUAUAUAGUCCAUUGAGCAGAAAAGGAAGGUUCAGAAGUCAACUUAACAUAUACGACUAAGAUUACAUAGACUCGCGCUGUUGCUGUGGUGACACAUCUGAGAAUGGCGAUCCACGCGUCGAGUCGUUUUUUCCGGUUCAUAGUGCUGUUUUUCAACUGCAUGUUGACAUUCGGUUCCUACUUCUGUUUUGAUAUGCCCAGUGUUCUUCAAGUCACCUUUACAACAAUUCCGGAAUCCAACUGUACAGAGGCAAACUCAACUGCGAACGUGAGCCGUCACUGCAAUGUGACGUGUGAUGACUGCCUGGGAAUGUCCCAGGAUGACUACAACCUUCUCUAUGCCAUAUAUGCCUGGACAAAUGCUGUUGUUGUCAUAGGAGCAGGUUUUCUGAUAGAUAAAUUAGGAAACAGAGUGGGCCUGUUCCUGUUCUCCUUCCUGUGCGUUCUUGGCUCGUCCACAUUUGCUGCAGGGGCCAUGUUGAAAGGAACGUCGGCCAUGUUGCCUGUCAUGUUGCUUGGGCGACUGCUCUUUGGAUCCGGUAACGGCUCCCUUACUAUUGUCCAGAACCGUCUGACAGCAUACUGGUUCCGAAACAAGGAGCUAGCUCUCGCAUUUGGUAUCACGCUGGCGUUCUCUCGUCUCGGCAGUGUACUAAACUUCUUCCUAACGCAGAACUUUGAGGCAGAGUAUGGACUGACUUGGACAUUGUGGGGAGGUGCCAUGCUAUGUGGCCUUGGAUUUCUAUCAGCCCUAACAGUCAGUUUCCUGGACAUCCUUGGAGUGAAACAACUGGGGGACGCUGACAACCUGCGAUCAGAGUCCAAGAAAGUGCGUGUGACCGACAUUCGUUACUUCUCCCUGUCGUACUGGCUUCUUGCUUUGACCAUCAUGUUCUUCUACAACGGUGUGUUCCCAUUUGUGGCUGACUCAAGCAAUUUCAUCCACAAGAAGUAUGGGUUCAGCCCGCGGACAUCAUCCUAUAUGUCUGGUGCAGUGUAUGAUGUUUCCAUGGUUCUGUCCCCCUUCCUUGGUGGACUUAUUGAUAUAGUUGGCAAGCGUGGAUAUUUGGCCCUCAGUUGUGCUGUGGCCACCAUACCAGUGUUUGGACUGCUGGCUUUCACCAUGGUGUAUCCGGUUGUGGCAACACUCUGGCUCGGCAUUACAUACAGCUUUGCUGCGGCUAGCAUGUGGCCCUCCAUUCCCCUGGUUGUGAACCCAGCCACCAUUGGUACAGCCAUGGGCCUCACUACCUCCAUACAGAUGAUUGGCAUUGGCAUCUCCAACCUGGUUGUGGGACAGAUCCUCGGCAAAGGCCGGGAUGUGCCAGUAAGCCGUUGGAACUUUGUGAUGAUGUUCCUCCUUGCCAAUACGCUAGCCUGCAUUACAGCUUCCCUCUUCCUCAACAUCAACGAUAGACGCAAGGGUGGCGUGCUGAACCUGAGCAGGAAACAGAAGCAGGCGUUGACUGAUGGAGGCAAGGGGACAACAGUCCAGGCUGCGGAUGGGGACUCCUCUAGCGAGGAUGAGCGUGAACCCCUGCUCACCAACAGGAAGUAGGGGCCAGUGGAGCUGUAAUAGGAAUGGGCCCUAGCUGUGGAAAGAGGAUUGGGGGGGGGGGGUAUUGAACAGAUAAUAGGCCUAAAAUUUUCGGAGGGCAGAUGGGCUGGUAGGGAAUGUUGCAACAGGAAAUAUGUCACGCAAAGUGGCGCAGGGAGGGGUUAUGUAGGAUCAAUAAAAUAGGUUCUUGUGAUAGAAACUUGUUUAAUAGCUAAUUGUAUGGAAAUUUAAGUGUGACAUUAUUCUUUUUAAUUGCUGAACUGUGUUUGAAAAUUAUUAUUUUGAAGUGAAUUGUUAAUGUAAAAUAUAUAUGCUUCUGAUUGGUAAUGUAUGAUUAACACAGUUAUGAAACAAAUGGUUUGAAUAAUAGUGCAAUUGUUAUAUUUUCAAAUUAUAUGUACGGAUGUUAAAAAUGUGUGUGGUUUUCUAUUAAAGAAUCUGUAAUUUUUGCCUGGAUCUAACCUGUGAACUUUGUUUUUAUGUCCCGCAGUCUAUACUAGGGGACAUACCCCGGUAUUGUUUUUGCCCUGUCUGUUGGUACAUGUAUGUUGGUUUGCGUCAAACUUUAACAUUGGCCGUAACUUUUGCAAUGUUGAAGAUUGCACCUUAAUAUUUUGCAUUCAUAUGUAUCUCAUGGAGCUGCACAUUUUGAGUGGUGAAAGGUCAAGGUCAAAAGUCAAUUUUUGCAACAUCCAAGAUAGCAACUUGAUAUUUGGCAUGCAUGCUUUCUCAUGGAGCUGCACAUUUUGAGUGGUGAAAGGUCAAGGUCAUCCUUCAAGGUCAAAGGUCAAAUAUAUGGGAGGGAUAUUGUGUUUCACAAACACCUUGUUUUGGUCUAUGUUUAAUUUCUGGUCAUUUUGUCUUUUGGGUUAUUUGUUAUGUUUAACAUAAUCAAAUAUAAGUAAUUAAACUUAUUUUGAAUGCAAUUCUAUAAAAGUAUGUGUCAAUUAUGCAUUCCCAUUUUAUUGUGUGAGUACUGUCUAUGGUGUAUGUACAGAUAUGUUGAUAUAAACAAUAUAUUGUUCAGACUAAAUGCUUAAUGUUAUUUGGUUAUUUGGACUACAAUUUGUAAUUGAAGAUGAAAACUUUCAAUUGACAAAAUUAAAUGUCUGUUUAUGUGUUGUACUUGUUUAAAUGAUUGUGUUUUAAAAAAAAAACAAUAUGAAAUUCUAUAAUAAAAUAGUAAUAUGGUGUUAAAUAUGUAUAGUGCCAUUUGUGAUUGUGUUUGACAGUAAUAAUUCUCUUAUUCUGUGAUAAAUAAUGCUUAAAAUGGUUGAUUUUGUUGCUUGAAAUGUGUAGGUUAUGUGAUUAUAUAUUUUUUCAACGUUUUUUUGUUUCACAAUUAUAUGUUUAUAUUUGAUCAAUGUUAAUAUAAAUUAAGGUUGUAAUGGAUCAAAAUAAAAUUACUGACAGAUCAAAAACAUUGUGCCACAGACUGACAGCUGUUUAAAAUGGCAAAUUUUUGUUUAAAAUUUCAUGAUAAUCACACAUUUGUAGUCUUUGUUAUUUUAUAGUUACAAAUGAAGUUUAAUACCGUAGUCAUUUAAUAGUAUUGAUAGAAAGAAAAACAUAUACAGAUUUUAGCAGUUGAUUGAAGUUUUAUUGAAAUUCAGCUUUAAAAUGUUCAGAUCUCGUUUUGAAUUGUGUAUUGUACACUUCAUUAUAUGUAUGUACAUGUAUAUCUACUUAUAAGUUUUGCAUUGUGGACCCAAUCAUAAAACCUGUUACUUCCUUUCAUAUUUGCAAGUAUGUUACGUUUUAUGGCAGUUUUGAAGGUUAUUGGCAGUUCAAAAAAAUGACAAAUUGCUGGAAAUUCAAAUGUGUUAACUAAAAGGAUAAUUAUAAUAUUGUUUAAAGUAUUAAUGUAUUGAGAGUGUAAAAUCCAUCACAAUCAGUUAUUUCAGUCAGGUAAGAAAAAAAUGUUGUUUGUAUUUUAAUUGUGCUACUUACAAUUAAUAUGAUAUAAUACUCAGUAGUCAAUAAAUGUAUUAAUGA